UUUUUGUUAUUGAAAUAUCAACUUUUGUUUCAGAAAAUACUGUGGAAAGAAGAUAUUGAUAUAUAUGAAAGUCAAGAGGAAUCAUGUCAUCAUUGUAUCAUAAAUCCAAUCACUAAAAAUUCUUCGUUGACCGGUCACUAUGCCAACUGCAAACAGAAGAUAGAAGUAUGUAUUGCUUGCGAGAAAAAUAGUAUUCUAUACCCAGUAACAUGUUAUUGUGGUGCGACAUUGAAAUCCAAGAUAGGCAGUAAUUGGGGAGCAUUACUUGUUGCUGGCGAUGAUGAAAAUCCGGAGAAAGCAGCAGCCAUGAAGAGAGAAAUACUAGAGUUAGAGAGAGUAGUUACCUCAAAGGCACCACGUAUUAUUGGUAUAAGUAAGUGUAACGUGAAGACAGUUGUACCGGACAAUACAAAGACAGAAAACAAAAAGGAAGAAACGCCAACAUGGACGAAAAUCAAGGAGCAUAUUGCACACUUUGCUAAAGAUGAAAAUAUUGAUACGUUAUUGGUAUACUUCUCGUGCCAUGGAGCCAACGGGGAAGCACUAAAAGGUUGUUCCGACAAAAACAUGUUUCAGCUUGGAAAAUCAUCAGAGUUGAUAUCAUUGGGGGACUUUCAAAAAGAGAUAGACAAAUUGAACAAAAAAGUAAUUCUCUUUCUUGACCGAUGUUUUCCUCCAAUGGUGGAAUUUAAAGAUAACAUUAAAGAAUUCAUUCAGAUAAACGCAUGCAGUGAGGGUCAAAAGGCAGUUUUUACUGACAAAGGCAGUUUAUUUACACAGUGUGUUAUUCAAGGAUUAAAAGCUAGGUCAGAGAAAGAAGAAUGUUCCAAGGACUGUAAGCAUUGUCUUUCCUAUUGGGAGAAAAGGACAGAAUACAUCUCUAUUGAAAGCUUAUCUAAGUACGUUAACAAACACGUAAAACUAGAGGCACCUCAUCCAAAAAAGCAUGUCAAAAUUACUGAAUUUGACAUUGCCUUUUUUACAGAAGAGGUGGUAAAUAUAGAAUUUACAACAGAAAUUGGAGGAAACCCCAUUAGUCUUCCGCUUAGAUAUCUGUCAAACAUUGAUGAGGUCAAACGUAUGCUUCUUGAGUUCAAUGGUGACACAGAAAAGCAUGAGGUCAAAAUAGAAAAAGACAUAUUUAGAAAUGACCAAGAAGCAUAUGGUGAAUGCACAACAUUGGAACAGGUUAUGGAAGCGUGGAUAAAUAGGUUUCCACUGCAUGUUUCCUUCUUGGAGAAAAAAAGAGACAUAAAUUAGCGCCUACAAAGGCGUUUCAAAGGGAUGGACUCUUUAUAACUGAAUUGUUAUUCUAGUGUAAUUGAUUCUAGUGUAAUCUCAACUUUUGUUGAUACAUACAUAUAUACAGUAAAAGCCAUUUUGACAGCAAAUGCAUCUGCUACGGUCAUCCGUUAUAUUUAAAAUAGCUAUAAUGUCAUUUUGCAUAAGUUGUUAACCGCCAUUAUUGAUGAUGAUAUAUUUAUAUCGGACAUGUAACGCUGGUUAAGAUGUCAUUUCAUAUGUAUGACAUGUUGAUGAUGUUAUAUUGUUUUUUUUUUUUUUUAAUUUUUCAGCAACAUAGGUUGCCCAUUUAUUUUCCCCGUAAUUGGUGCAGUGGGGUCGGAGAGCCAUCCCCUACUGUACCUUACAUUAUCAAUUCAUGGCAUAUAUCAUCAUAUUAUAUUUAAAACAUUUAAGUGACAUUAAGCUCAUUUUUUUCAAAGUCAAGUUGAGUUUUAUUGACUAUAAAUUUCAUUAUUGACAAUAAUAAUGGUGCUUGACAACAGUUGAUAUAAGAAAAAGUUUUGGAUAAAAUAUAUAUCUGCCUAAAACAUAAAGACUGCCCCAUACUUUUAUUAAGUAUAAUUUUUCCCUCUACAUAUAUUUCCAAAAUGUUCCUUGAGCCAUAAGAGUUAUGGAAUAUAUUGAAAAACUGAGACGAAUCAUGGCAAAAAUGUAUUUCAACUUUCACUGUUUAUUCACUAUUUGCUUUGGAUGGGCAUAAUGUCACUUUAACUAAAUAGAUACAGUAUUGAUAUGCUAAAAUAAUUAUUAAUAGCUAAAAUGGGGUUUUUGUGAAUUUGUAAAGUAGUCUAUUGCUGAAUUUACAUUUUCUUUUAUAUUCGAAUUAUAUCUACAAAAAAAGACAAAGUAAAAAUAACCUCGUUUUAAAACAAAAUACUAAAGAUAUUACUACACAGCAAUGUUGCAUAUUCAUGUAAGUUAUUGAAUUUAAUAAAGCAACAAGUAUAUGGGAAAGGCAAAAACAAGUUUGAGGUUAGAAUUCAUCUAAUUCAGAGGAAAAUGUUUUCAUUUACCUAUAUAAGUCUUCUCUAAAAAGUAAAAAAGAAAAGUUUGUUGGUGUAAACUUGGAGGAUUUACUUCCAAGUUAUUAAUAUUCUCUAAAUAUUAGUAGAGGUCACUGAUGGAAGGUCUGUCAGGUAAGUAGAGUGUCUUAAUAAUAUUAAUAAUUAAACAAAGGGUGUCUACUACUUAAAAAUAUCAAUAAUUACAUAGUCUCACUAACUUACUAAAUUUUUAAACAUUUCCCAUGAGCGUUCAAAUUUUUCAUAUUGAAACAGCUGUUUGGCACUGUAUUUUUCAGUAGUAUAAAUAGAAACUAUUUGUUUCUUAAAAAUUUCCAAAGAAUGAUGUUAUAUUGUUUGUUUAUCAUGUAUGAAAUAAAGAUGUGUUAUUUGAACAGUGAAAGUAAUAACGCUGUUUUGAACAUCAUUUUCAAUGUCUUUCUUUCCAGAGGCAUUUUUGAUAUAAUAAUUUGAAUGCAAUUAUAGUCUAAUAUGAUGCUCAUUUGUAACAACAAAGAUUUUUUGUUGCUUUUUGGUGACCAUUUUAAGAUGUAACUAUCUAAAAACUUUUGUAAAUAGAUUAUGUUUAAAACAUGCACAGAUACAGUUUCGGCAUGUCCAAUUUAAAGUAUGCAUAUGUAAUAUUAAAUGAAUGUGUGCGAAAAUGCGCGGGCGUGUGAAUAUCUUGAAUUGUGUACAUGUUUCUUUACCGUUUCAGCAUGUUAAAUUAAAGAAUAUGCAUACGAUUGUAUGUAAAUGCUCAUGUGAAUGUUUGUGCUAGGGCGCAUGCGUGUGUGUAGGAUGUGAGUUAAUAUGGUACUGUAGAAUUGUAUGUUAUUACAUGCAUAUUGAUAAUGUGUUUACCACAACUCAUGAUAUAUACUAUGUUUAGUAUAUUCAUCCCGCUUUACUACUAUUGUUCGUAUUCUACUAUAGUCCUUCUGCAUCGCAAGGAUUGCUCCUUUUCGCAUCAGUCACAUUAUAUCUAUCAUUUUCAUAUUAUUGCUCUUUCUUUCCUCUCUAAAUCUCUUUCGGUACAACGCCAUAAUAACCAUUUUAUUAUUCAGCAUAUGAACUGUUGUGCAUUUUUGCUCGUGUCAUUAGGCUAUCUCAUCAAAUAAUUACUUUUUGAAAAUGUUCAGCUUCCAGUAUUCUUUUGACUUUCCUACGAAAAGCGAUACAUAUUAAAAGCCCCAUUUUAUAUAUAUGAACUAUAUUCCAUUGAUUAUUUUUAUUUAGAGUGAAAUAAAGUUUGUUUCAAAAUAUUCAACUUUGUAAAGAUAUUUAGAUGUAAGAUAUUUGCAUCUGAACAUUGACCUACCAAAUAUAGAGUGAUAAUAAGUUCAUGAAUAGCACAACACGUUUUUCAGUAAAAGCUAAAAAUAUCGACUACCUUAAUUGCAAAAAGUGUUAUAAAUUUAUUUAUUUUUAAAAUUAAAAUACACACAUACAUAUAUAUAACAAAUUCUGGCGAUAUACACAAGAGUCGUUGACCCAGUACAACUAGAUCUAAUAUCUUGUGUUUCUUCUGUUUCGUCUCCUCUUUAUGAUCAUUCUGUACUUAACAUGUGUUUUCAUCAAAAUGGAUAAUAUUCAUGGGUUGAAAAAAAAUAUUUUAUCAUUUUUACACAUGAUAUAUGUGCAACAAAGUUGCUUAAAAAGUGCUUGAAUUUUGAUAUUUGGAGUCAAGUACAUAAUAUUGAAAGUUUUCCUUCAAACGAGUAAUUAUACGAUUUUAUAUUGAUGUUCUUUAAUGGAUAUUUGCUGUAUGUAUGCUUAACUUAUAUUAUUUAAGUAAAGUUUGUUUCAUGCUAAGAUAUAUUAUGUCAUGUGAACAUAUAUAUUUAACUUAUAUGAACUUAUAUAUUUAACUUAUAUGUUUUCAAUUUGAAAUGAAGAUUUAAUCUUCCUUGCACAUUAAACAGGACGUUUUAAUGUUAACACCGGUGCUGUAAAGUUUAAUCUUACACCCCGUGUAAGACGAUUCGCAUGUUUUAAAUGACGUCAUUCCGGACAUUCCCACACGCCUUCUAUUGAUGAACUGCACGCAAAAUGACGUCAUUCAGCCACUGUAGAUGAAGGUGUAUUUUCAUACGCUGCUAGACAAAUGUGCUAGUAAAAUGUAAAAUAUUAGUUUUCAAAACAGUUACACUCGAGCUACUAUUACAUGUAUAUUUUCUGUCUGUACAAGAUUCUUAUACUAUUUUGUGUAAAAUUCGUAUAAUAGUUUGUACUGUACAUUCUAAUACGUAUUUCCAUAUAUGUCAAUUUACACAUAUUAUAUGCAUGUCUGUUUACAACUUGAAAUCGACUUUAGAUUUUAUUUGAUAUUAUUAUAUACACUUUGGGCCAUUCUUGAAUAACCCUGUAUACACAGUUAUGUUAAAGGCGCAUUUUAUCUCAGAAAUCCGUAGAUUUAAUUAUUUAGAAAUGUAUAACAUGCGUUGAAUAAUGUUUAAAUACUAAUUUAAAGCAACAUGCCUCAAGAUGAGCCAAGAUAUUUCAAUAUAAUCAAACUUGAGAAAACAAAUAUCUUAGGGAAAGGUGAUACAUGUAAUUCAAGAUUCAUGUUAUAAUUUUCAUAUUAUGAGUGACUAAUUGCUAUUUUUUUCAUUUUAAUAAGUAUAUUUCUACUGCGUGAGCAAGGCAGUAAGGGCAAUGUUUGCACAUUUUGACUUGUUUUGUAAGUAACAUGGGUUGUAAGUGUCAUUAAUAAUGUGAAAGUUGCUUCCUUUUUGUUACUAUACAAUAUUAUACUUUUAAAUUGAUUUUCAAAUUUUUCGUAAAAAUAAGCAUUUUCCGGAUGCGUGCUGCUUUAAGAACCCAUAAAGCGUUUAAUAAUUGGAGAACGUUGCACAGAGUAUGCCGAAAUGUUUCCUAGAGAUGUUCCAAGAAUUAUAAGAGACAUAAACAUAUUAGAAGGGAGACAACUCUUCAGUCCAUACUGCAAAUACUUCCAAUAUAUACUGAAGAGUUACCCCUCUUUUCCUUGUAGUGUGUACCUUUAGAUAAACCUUUAGCUACUUAAAUGAGAUACGUUUACAAAAUGUAUGCAGUUAAAAGUGACACGACCUUGUGAUAGGAGCUGUUUCUGUGUUAUUUUUACACAGAUGUGAGAUUUAAGUGUGUGUACUAAUAUAUUGUGUUGUUUGACAUAGAAUCGAAGUGUUAUCAAGAAUAUAUAUUUUUAUCACCACGAUCACGGAUAUUGCUAUGUUCACAAUUGUUUUAACAUGAUAUAGUU